GUGACAUGAUAAAGACAAAAGUGUGAUUUUCGAUUGUGUUAGCGCAUACGACAUUUUAACAUUUUCGAGAUAGUUACUCCAGAUAGUUACUCUACGAUGACUUUAUACCAAGGUGGACCGACUGAGGGUGAAUCAAUAGAACAUCUUCAUCAUAAAGAUGAACGUGAUGGCGCAGAGUCGUCUGCUUCCGUGUACAGUAGUCAGCAGGGACGCGGGAAAACUCUCGUGUGCAUCACAUUUAUUUUAGAACUAUUUAUCUUAGCUGGAGUGAUCGUUCUUGAAUAUUUUCUCAGGUGGACGAAAGUUUUUCCCAUCCGGAAGGUGAAUUUCACGUGCAGUAACCCGGAGAUCUCCUACUCCGAGGACGACCCGUCUUUCUCUACCUUCGCCUUUAAUGCCAUCAUACCAACCGAGAUAGUAUACUCCCUAAGUCUGUGUGUACCACCCUUUGUGAUGUUGAUAGGGGAGAUUGCGGUAUGGGCCUUCACUGGUGACAAUCAAAAGUCUAUACGUGUAUGCUGUCAGUCAUGUAACGUUCCACAAGUCUGGAGACGGCUGUUCAGAUUUGUCGGAGUAUACGUCUUUGGCUUGGUUACGCUGAUGAUAUUUGUUGACGUAAUUAAAAUGAUCACCGGUCGUCUGCGACCCAACUUCCUGGAAGUUUGCCAAGUGGACCUUACAUUGUGUGCAAAGAAUGGCAACAUUGGUGGAGACGAAUUGUGCACUAACGAGGACGAUAUAGAACUCAGACAUGCGCGGACAUCGUUUCCAUCCCUACGAGCUGCAAUGACAGGUUACGCAGCUAUAUAUCUCUCCAUUUAUAUUCACGGUGCGUUGCGCACGAGGUCAGUGCGUGUACUUCGUCCAUUUCUGUCAUUAGUGUUCACAAUGUUAGCACUGCUGUGCGGUUUGGCCGAGCUUGGUCUGAACCAUAACUUCUGGACGGACGUCGUGGUCGGUUGGGCAAUGGGUAUAGCCAUGGCGAUAUAUCUCGGUGCCUUUGUGUUGUAUAAUUUCCGAGAGUAUGUCUCUGAGAAAAAGAUGAUUCGUCUGCUGCACGGUUUCCUUGUUGACCAUCAACUGCUGAACGAAAUAACGAGAGACGGCAAGCUGCGUUUGUUUCCGUUUCCAUUUCACAUUCCACGUGCACAUACGUCACGAAACUCACCUUACCAGAAAUUCGAAGGAAUUAAAACGCAAAACCCGCCAAUUCCUUUGUAUAGUGAAAUGACAGAACACCCUGGGGACAAAUAUAAGGACCGCCCUAUACCAAGCCCCGCCUACCAGGAUGAUCAGAGAUUGUCACAUUUAUAAACAGUGCUCCAUUUUUACCCUCAACAUGCUGAAUUUCUUAAUGGACCUGCCAACUUAUAGUUUUAGGAUUUUAGAUUUAUCAGUUUUUGUGAAUAAUAAGAUGUUAUUUUAAGUUAGUCAGACAACAGUAUAGAGCCUGGUCGGGCUGCACAGACAGUUCUGGUUCUGUACUGGUGGAAACGACUAGUUUUUCGGUUCAAGGGGAUAAGAGUUACGAUGGAUUUCAUAGUGCUUUGUUUUAAUUCAGAAUGACUGAGAUCAAGAUAUAAUAUGCUAAAAACCCAAAGUUUUCACACGAGUUAACUAGGAAUAUUUUGACAUGGAAGGAGGUCUGUUCUGACAGAUAGUUCAUAUGCAUGCAUAUUUCAACGAAGUUUUACAUAUACAAAAUAAUUUUAAAUGCGGAAAAAAGUUAGAAAUUUAUGGCUCCAAGUCUCUCAAUUGAUAUACAAAAGCUGUAUUUUCAAAACAACUUUUACUGAUAUUUUAUACAAAAAAGGGAAAGUGACGGGAGUAAAUUUCCCACUUUCCAGUGAUUUAGUAAUAUGUACCAGGGAAAAUCACAUUACUAUUCUAAGUAAACGUAAUACAUACAUAUUCAAAGUGUUUGCUCUGUCUGUCUAUAGCUGGGACCGAUAGGGAUUGAUUUUCAUUAAAAUAUAUGAUAUUAUUCGUUAAAUAUAUGCAAAAAUCCCAUUUUGUAAAAAACGGUUCGCUUUAGGUCCGUAUUUAAUGUCAUCUCUGGUGCUUUAAUAUUGUUAUAAGCAUCUUUGAACAGAGGUAAUUAUUAUAAUUUGCAGCAUUUGAUUUUUUACAGACAUCAUAUGAUUGCCUUACAUAUGUCUAUAUACAUUUAUUUACUUUAAGAGUGUUUGCUUUUUAGUACACAUGUACACUGAUAUUAUUUUGUAUGAUUGAACAAUGGCGAUGUAAGCAUGCAUGUUCAUUUAUUAUAUUGGCAUUGAAUAUACCGUGUUAAAAGUAAAAUAUGCUUUGAAAAAUAUAACCAUUCAACCGGCUUUCCGGAUAUUUAUAAAUUACAUGUAUUAAAAUAAGAAAAAGAAAUAUUAAAAGUCCUGGAUAUUUUGUAAAUUU